AUGGAGCUGAAUGUAGUGUUGGCACCAGGCCAGUACUGGGAGAGUCGCCUGCGAGCACGUCUCACAGAACUGGUGAAACAAAAGUUUGAAGGGCACCCUAACGUACGUCCUGACGACACUGAGGUUGUCGUAUCAAUGACAGGGCGCUCACAACAAAAACUGGUUAAGCGUUUUCCUGGCAUCGAUGUUGACUGGUCAGUCAUUCAGACACGGCUAGAGGCCUGGAGUGAUUUUUUACGCAGCGGCAAAGGGCUACGGGUCAUUCUCUCAUUCAACUAUAUCCAGGUAGGUCUUCCUGUAACAAAUGUUGGCGGAAAGAGAGGCGAGAAGCGCGGGCGGGUGUCGACCAGUGAUCAAAUGCGUAACGAAAUGAACCAGCGGGUCGAAGCAGAACAAAUCACUUUCGGACGGUCCAACUGGCAGAAAGUGCCCCACUGUUGGAUUGAUCCAGCAGGAAAGAAACACUACAGACUCCUGACUCACCACCUCAAAGAAUUGGUUAGCUUUGUCGAACGGCAAAACAAGCUAGAGACCCAUGAUGAUGUUCCCCCCUCCAUCAGGCAACAGUUGUAUGCAGAGGAACAGCAGAGACAUGAUCGGAAAUUAGGCAAGAUAUCUGGAAAUCCCAGCGGCUCGUCCGCCGUCACUAUCAACAUACUGCCUAGCCACGCACAACAGGCAACGCUUGUCAAUGGACAAACACGUUCGAUUGGAUUAGUACAAGUUAAUGACUUAUCGUUGGACGAGGAUCUAAGCAUCGAUGGACCUCGCGACGUCGCUGUAAAAGACUUUUCCACUUGGUUGCAGGCUCAGUACCAGGAUCCUUCAUACCAAAAGGAAGUUCAAAAAGCUGAAAAGGCGAUGUUGGAUGAAGGAUUUGGCCUUCUCCAAAUAUAUGGGGACCGCAACAAGGAGUUUCUUGCUAGCAAGGGGGUAAAAAGAGGCGUUGCCGAUAGCUUUAUGAACGACAUUCCGAUCUGGAACAAGCGUCGCAGAGCAAAUCGAACACAAGUUGAAGGUGAUGAGCAUAUUGAGACUGGCGAUUCUCCGUGGGCUGUGUAA